GCCUCGGCCGUGCGGGCGGCGCGCGCCCCGCCAUGGAGGGCACCCCCAUCCCGGUGCUCACGGUGCAGACGGCGCCCUACGAGGACCAGCGGCCCACGGGCGGCGGGGGCCUGCGGCGGCCCACGGCGCUCUUCGAGAGCCAGCGCAACUACCUGCCAAACUUCGUGCAGAGCCUCCUCUCCUCCGUGGACCUCCGCGACCGCCAGGGCUGCACCAUGGUGGUGGGCAGCGACGGCAGGUACUUCAGCAAGGCGGCCAUCGAGGUCAUCGUCCAAAUGGCCGCGGCCAACGGGAUUGGCAGACUGGUUAUUGGCCAGAAUGGUAUUUUAUCCACACCUGCUGUCUCGUGCAUUAUCCGAAAGAUCAAAGCAGCUGGUGGAAUUAUUCUAACAGCUAGUCACAGUCCUGGAGGACCUGGAGGAGAGUUUGGAGUCAAGUUCGAGGUUGCCAAUGGAGGGCCUGCCCCAGAUGUUGUUUCAGAAAAAAUUUAUCAAAUCAGCAAAACCUUGGAGGAAUAUGCCAUUUGUCCUGAUCUUAGAGUUGAUUUAUCUCGCCUAGGAAGACAAGAAUUUGAUCUGGAGAACAAAUUCAAACCUUUCCGAGUGGAAAUUGUUGAUUCUGUGGAUAUCUACCUCAAUCUCCUUCGAAGUAUCUUUGACUUCAAUAUGAUCAGAAAUUUUCUGACUGGACCCAACCAGAUUAAGAUAAGGAUUGAUGCCAUGAAUGGAGUUAUGGGACCUUAUGUGAGGAAAAUCUUGUGUGAUGAAUUAGGAGCUCCUGCAAAUUCUGCAAUAAACUGUGUUCCUCUGGAGGAUUUUGGUGGACAGCCUCCUGAUCCCAAUUUAACAUAUGCAGCUGCCUUGCUGGAGGCGAUGAGAGGUGGAGAGUAUGGAUUUGGUGCCGCUUUUGAUGCUGAUGGAGACCGCUACAUGAUCCUUGGCCAAAAUGGUUUCUUUGUUAAUGCAUCUGAUUCGUUGGCAAUUAUUGCUGCCAAUCUGUCUUGCAUUCCAUACUUCCGUCAGAUGGGCGUUCGAGGAUUUGGGAGGAGCAUGCCUACCAGCACAGCCCUUGACAAAGUGGCUAAAGUAAUGAAAGUUCCUGUGUAUGAAACACCAACAGGAUGGAGAUAUUUUUCCAAUCUCAUGGACUCUGGACGUUGCUCACUUUGUGGAGAGGAAAGCUUUGGCACUGGGUCUGACCACCUUCGAGAGAAAGAUGGACUGUGGGCUGUGCUAGUUUGGCUUUCAAUUCUAGCAGCUCGAAAGCAGAGUGUGGAGGAGAUUGUCAGGGAUCACUGGGCAAAAUUUGGCCGGCACUACUACUGCAGGUUUGAUUAUGAAGGCUUGGAACCCAGAACUGCCUAUUUCAUAAUGAGAGACCUGGAAGCUUUGAUCACUAACAAGACAUUCAGCAAUCAGCAGUUUGCUGUGGGUAGCAAUAUCUACAGUGUGGAAAGAACAGACAGCUUUGAGUACAUGGAUCCUGUGGAUGGCACUGUGACCAAAAGACAGGGGUUGCGGAUUGUAUUUUCAGAUGCCUCCAGGCUCAUCUUCAGGAUGAGUGCUUCCAGCCACGUGCGAGCUACUCUCCGGAUCUAUGCAGAGAGCUAUGAAAGGGAUCCUAGCCAACAUGACAAGGAACCACAGGCUGUGCUGAGUCCUCUUAUAGCCAUUGCACUGAAAAUAUCUCAGAUCCACGAGAGGACGGGGCGGAAGGGACCCACUGUCAUCACCUGAAGGCACAAAGGGUCAUGAAACCAGGCCCAAAAGAAGAACAGCCGGGACCUUGUGAACCCUGCUAGCUGUUUGUGCCUUGUGUGAUUUUCAAAACUUUUCUUGGGGAUAAAGGGAGGGUGGGAGGAACAAUAUCAUUUUGAGCAUAUUCAGUUGCGUUGAUCUCCGGAGACAGUAGUGCAUUGACUUCUGUGUUAGAGCUGCAAUAACUUCCUUUCAGAUAAGGCCCUAGCUCUCAAGUGCUGCCCGCAGCGUGGCGGGAAGGGCAGGCUGCUGCCCUCUGCACGCUGCUGGUCAACGUGUGGGGAUUUUCCACUAGGGAGCCACGGGGAGGGGUGCAAUGCAGACACUUCGGUGAAUAUUCAUGGGGAUUCUUGCCACCUUCUUGUUGGUUUACAAGGACAUGCACGAAGCGUGUCCAGCCUAGCACGAGGCUUCGCAGGAGAGCGUUUCCUAACCUGAACGAAGCACUGCCUCUCUGCUCACGGGACACGCUGCGUGCACCUGCUCCCAGAGACAAGGGUCCUCCCUCUUCCUUUUUCAUUUUUAACCUUUCCUUUGAAAGCGUAUCAGUGUGGCUUGUGCCUUUAGAUUUUCCUGAUUUGGGCUCUUCUCCAAAGGGAGGUUAUAAAGCUGAACGUGUCCUUCUGGCCAUGUGCUGGGUGCAAAACUUCAGCUGCCGUUUGCAAUAUUCCUCACAUCAGCAGGUUGUAUUGCUGCUUGCUAUGCCAGCCACUGCAAUUCACUGAUUUUUCAUAAGGGAGUGAUUGUGGAAGUUACUAAAAAUCUUUGGAAUACUCCAUUUCACGUGUCACAAAUUAGCGUAUAGCAAAGGCAGAACAAAAAUCAACACUAAUGAAUUACUUGCCAGCUGGACUCAGCUUCUUUAGAUUCUUUGUAAUAGUGAAUAAUGGAACAAAAAGUUGGGAAGUGCAAAGUGAGAAGAGAUGAGCCAACAUAAACCUGAGAAGGACACGGAGGGCAUGGACAGCACAGUGUUUUUCUGCUUGUGAAAUGAUGCUGCGGAUCUUGCUACAGGAUUUUGCUCUAAACAGGAACACAAACACUUUAUGCAUGCGACUUGUUUGACGGUUUUGCUUCCUUGGGAACAGUGUGGUCACCUCUUUUAUCAUUUGUCAAGGUGGCUUUUUGCAGCUGGCCUCUUCUUUGCAGUGUGUUUCGAUUCUUUGCAGUUGUGGAAUUUCUAGUGCAAUUUAGGCAAUAUUGCAGUGAAGGAAAUUGUUUUCGUUUCUUUCAGCACUUCUGUCAAAAAAUGCUA